GCCAUCUAUUGAUAAUUUUAUUAGUCAUGUAGUUUACAAGUAAUAAUGUGUUAAGUUUAUAUUUUUCGUUGUUGUUUAGUGCUAAAAUUUAGUGCCUGUUUAAUAAAUGUAAUUUAUAAUCAUGAAUGUAGGAAAUAAAAUACCAAAUCUUGAUAAGAUUUUACGAGACGACGAUGAAUCUGAUCUUAUGCCAGCGGCAGGCGCAAAUUUAGCAGCUAUUUUUGGAUCCGAAGCUAAAAGAUCAUCUUUGAGUUAUUCUCCAACAAAACAAAUUUCUAAAAAUUUAAAUACCUCUCAUACUUUAACUCAAACAAUUUCAAACAAAACAGAAGUCAUAAUAGCUAAAGCAGUUUAUGCAUUUAAAUUCGAAAAUGGUUUUUACACAUCAAUCACUGUUGAAGGAAAAAAGAUUGGUGUAGCUCUUACAAGAAAUCUUGCAACAAAAGUAUAUCAAUUUAUUUUAUAUAUAAGUAAGGAAAAAUAUGUAUCAGUUGCCACAGUGACACAUGAUUUUUCAUAUAUAAUACAACCAAACAAUUAUUCACACUAUUAUGAUAGUAAUAAGAGAAAUUGGUCAAUUUUAUUUGAAAAUAAUGACGUUUGUGUAGAAUUCGCAAGAGAAAUAGCUUUAGCUCGAUAUUUUUCAAAAAAUGGAAAAAUAGAAAAUGUACUUUAUCAAGAUUUAUCACCAGUUGACAGUAACAAAGAUGUAACAGUAAAAGAAGGAGACAGUAUAUCUAUUAGAUAUUUGAUUGUAACAGAUAUAACACAGCCACUUAAAGAUAUUCCCGCAUAUCAAACAAUGACAGUAGAAAUAUCUGUAGAUGAUAAUUGGGAAAGGGCACUUUUAGAAAGCAGUAAAGGAUUGAAAAGAAUAUUAUUUGUGCCUCCUAAUAAACAGAUUAGUCUAGGACCAGGAUUUCCGAAAGAAAGAGAUAUUUUAUUAGAAAUAGAAAUAAUAAAUAUACAAACAUCCGAGGAAGCACAUUUGCACAAAAUUUCUAGUGAUAAAGCUUCUAUUAUAUCGCGAAUGGCAAGAAUGGGACAAUCAAUAUUACCAAAACUCCCAUCUAGUACUACCGAUUCUGAAGAUACUGAAGAUGAUAUGCCACAAAAAUCAUCUCAUCAAAAGAAGAUUGAAUCAUUUCAAGAAGAAUUACAAAAAGAACAUUUUCCAGCAGAAUUUAGAGAUGAAAUGUUACAAAGUUCACAUCAGGUAUUAAAAUUACAAAGUGAUGAAUCUGCGACAAAUAUUGCUUGUAAAUCUUUUGUUAAAUCAUCUGUGUUUACUCCUCAAUGGUCUCCCUCACAAGUACAACCAAAUUUUGUUACCAUGGGUGGUCAGAUAUAUACAGAUGUCAGAUCAUUACAGCCACAAACAACAACUUCAACAUUACCAACAAUAAUAGAUCCAGGAUUAAAUAUGUUAUUGUCUGAAACUAGAAUAACAAACGCAGAACUCCGAAUGGGAAUGUCUAAGAUAGCUGAUAAUGUGCAAAAAAUGCUUGAUAAGUUUCAUGUUCUUGAGCUUCAAAAUGCUACAAAAAAUAAGAUAACUUUGGAUAAUACUUUAAAAAUGUUAUCCAUGAAUUUAACUGGAGAAAAAGAUAGUCAAUCACAGAAUAUAUCUAAUAUAGGUACAGAUAAUUUUACACAGUUAAUUGAAAUGAAAGAGAGAAUAAGCAUGUUGGAGAAAGAAUUAAAUCAAUCAAAAGAACAAAUAAAACAUCUUGAAACUCAAAAAGAAUCUUUAAUGCAGACUAAUGAAAAUUUGCAUAAAACUAUUAAAGAAUUAGAAAUAUCUUUAAAAGAUAUAAAUGCUGCAUUCAGUAACGCGAAGAAAGAUUUAGAAGAAGCAACAAAACUUAAUAGUAAAUAUAAGGAAAAGACAGUGGCAUUAGAAAAUAAAAUGGUUAAGCUUUCUGAAGGAUGUGCUGAACAACUUACUAAUUCUAAAGAAAUAAAUGAAAAUGAUAAUAAAAAAAAGGAGAUAAAAUGUAUAAUGAAUAAACUUUAUCAUGCUCUAUUGGAUAAAUUUAUAGAUGAAUAUUCUGUGAAUUAUAUAAGAACAAUAAUAGCAGAUACAAUAAAGAAUGUUACAUUACAAGUUUUAUAUAAUUCUGAUGAGACUAAUGAUGCUGAAUUAAAAUCUAACAAUGUAGAAGCUGAGGUUUCGAAAAUUGACAAUAUACAAUCAAAAGUUUCUGACUUUACACAGGUGUCUUCUAUCUUACAAAAUGAACCACCACCCAUUCCUCCUCUAGACACUGAGGAUGAUAAAGACUGGCUACAAUUCUUUUAAAAAAACUUGGAUAUUGAUAUUAAUAAAUAUUAUUUUAAAUACAUA